AUGACAGAUAAAUGCAAUAAAACUGUUCUGGUUGCAAGUCAUGAAGAGGAGGAAAAAGAGACAGAAGUCAUUGCUGCUGUGGAUUUUCGAGGCCACCCAGUAGACAAGACAAAAACUGGAGGAUGGCUAGCAGCAGGGCUCAUCUUAGGCUUACUGAACAGGCCAAGAAUAUGUGUGAUGGGCAUAGCCAUGAAUUUAGUGACCUACUUGGUUAGAGAUUUGAAUCUCCCUUCACCUGAUUUUGCCACCAUAGUUACCAAUGUCAUGGGAACUGUCAACCUUCUUGGCCUUGUCGGUGGCUUCCUUUCUGAUGCCAAACUUGGUAGAUACCUCACUGUUGCCAUAUCUACAACCAUCGCUGCUAUGGGAGUGAGUUUGUUAAGUGCGGCUACCACCAUUCCUAGCAUGAGACCUCCCACAUGCAGUGGUGUCAGAAAACAACACCAUGAAUGCAUUCAGGCUACUGGCAAACAAUUGGCUUUGCUAUAUAUAGCACUUAACACUAUACCAGUGGGUGGAGGAGGAAUAAAAUCCAAUGUCUCGGGUUUGGGAUUUUUAAUCUGUUUGGUCAGUGUUUUGGAUGAUUGCAAUGGUGUUGUGAAGUCCAAUUGGAGCAUUCAAGUUGCAGAACCCUUUCCCUACCAAGGUAGCAUCUUAGGAAGUGGAGAGGAACCUGAAUUUGUGAAUUCAAGUGUGCUGUCCACCAAACAUUAA